ACCUCCACACUCCAUUCUGCUAAUCUCUCAUAUCUCUACUCUCCUUUCUCCUCGUCUCUCAACUUUUUUUUUUAACUUCAGUGCGCACUUUAAGCACGGUGCGCACGUUAAUCUCAUCAUGGAUCGUAAAUCAGUGUACUUAAUCGGGUUUCUCUUAGCCGUCGUCGCUUCCGUCUCAGCUCAAUCCCCUGCAACUUCUCCGUCGACUACACCCGCCACUCCGGCUCCACCAACCCCCACAACUCCCUCAGCUUCGCCGCCGACCAAUACCCAGCCACCACCAUCUCCGGUCGCUACUCCACCUGCCAACAAUCAGCCACCACCAGCUCCGUUAGCCACUCCUCCUGCCUCAUCACCACCACCAACUGUCCAGUCUCCUCCACCUACGACUCCUCCUCCGGUCGCCACUCCCCCACCUGCUACUCCUCCUCCAGUCGCCACACCUCCACCUGCUACUCCUCCUCCGGUCGCCACCCCACCACCAGCCACUCCACCUCCUGCCACUCCUCCACCGGCCACCCCACCACCGGCCACCCCACCACCAGCAACUCCUCCCCCUGCUACUCCUCCUCCAGCUGUUCCACCACCAGCUCCCCUCGCCUCUCCACCAGCCACCGUUCCGGCUCCAGCUCCUAGCAAGAAGAAGGUUUCUCCCGCCCCCGCACCAGCAACCCUCGGCCCAGCUCUCAGCCCGCCUUCUCCACCCAGCGAGGCUCCUGGGCCAAGCUCAGACUCUAUGGCACCAACUCAGGAUCAGAGUGGAGUAGAGAAGAUGUUUUCAGUGCAGAAGAUGGGUGGGAGCUUGUGCCUUGGAUAUGCUCUUCUGAUUUUGAUCCUGUAGAGGAAGAGAGAGAGAUAUAGAUCUUUCUUUGCCUUUAUCACAAUCGAGCCCAGAGAUAUCAUUUUCAACUUCCACUUUUGUACUUGCCUUGCAGUGUUAUUUCAUUUUUUGUAUAAAUAUGUAUUAAGUAUAUUAUGAUCACUGUUGGUUGCCAGUUUUAGCCCAUGUCUGUUAUGGGACUUUCACUACUUUUGUAUUUGAACUAAUAUACCAUUCGGUUGCAUUCUUUGGAGGUUUAUGAGGGGAGCUUUUGUAUUUGUGGUUAUUGGAUGAGUUGGUUUCUAUUGAAA